UCUGACCAGGGCGUAUAUGCGACCCAUAGUGGAAGGUGCGUCGCGAACAUGCUAUCUAACAGUCACCUGUAUAUGUCUCACGUUCGCACUUGAGCACAGAUCUUUGUUCCAAUGACGGCUUUCGUCUGCAUCUCCCUCAUUUUCUUCUCGCUCGCCGACUACGUCUCCUCUCAACAGAACUCGCACACUCUCAAAUUCGUCGGCCAACCAUGCGAGAGGGACAUCGAUUGCAUCCAAAAUGCAUUUUGUCGAUGGCAAGAGACCUGUCUGUGCGAUCCGUUUUACGCGCCAAGCCUCGAUAACUCGAAGUGCACUGCAACUGUUGGGCUGAGCUGCAAGGACAACUUUGAGUGUCAAAGCAUAGCAAACGGCGAAUGCAAGCAGAACACGUGCACCUGCAAAGAUGACUUCUACUUGGACAACAGUAAUUCUUCAAACUGCAUUGGCAGACCCGUUAGAAUCGGCGAUCUUUGUCAACUAAAUACGAAUGACAAUAUGUGCCAGGACAGUUUUGAUUAUGCGUUAUGCAUCAACGAGAAGUGUCAGUGUUUAACAGGAUAUCAUUUCGUAAACGAGACAAGAAAAUGCGUACAGAGUAAAGGUCUAUACUAUACUUGCUCGUACAGUUACGAGUGCUAUGAGAAUGACAGAGCGACAGACACGAUGGAGUGUCAGAAUCGGCAAUGCGUGUGCAGAGAAGGGGAACGCUGUAAAGGCUCGCUGAUGACAACUGCCGGGACGCUCGUGAUAAUCUUGUUCUUCCUACAACGAAUCGCUCGCUAGCAAAUUAGUGCGUGGAGUAUUCAAUUGUUUCAAUCGAUUUUAUAGUGCCAUUUGACGCACAAAACUGAGACAAUUCAGCGUAAAGCAUGUAAAUUACAGUUUUAAAUUUAAUGAUUUUUAGUUAUUUUGAAUUUAAUAACUUAAUAAUUUCUUUAUAUACCAUUUUAUAAUGCAUUUGUACUUUUAAUAAAUAAUCUUGAUACAUUUU